AUGAUUGUUGUGAUUGUAGAUGAGGAAAGAGAAGGAGAGAUAGAGAAGAAGAAGAAGGAAGAAAAAGGAGAAGUGAAGGAAGGAGUAGCAUCAAUAGCUUUACUCCCAUGUGGUUCCAUCUCUGGCCAUUUCAUUCACAUGCCUCUCUCCAUCUGUUAUGGUCUCCAUGGCACUGAAUUGGCUUGUGAGACUGAGUGCAGCCGGGGUGAGGAUUAUCGGUUGAUGAAGCUCACCAUCAUUGACUACAAUAGUAAGAAGGAGCAAACAGUUGUAGUGGAGUGCAAAGGCCACGAUGCUGCUCGGAUCAAUGAUGUUGAGCAUGCUCAUGGUUGGGAGGAAGAUGUGAUAGGAUUAGUGGAAGAAAAGCAUGGGAAGAAGAAAGUAUCUGUUUCGUUUGAGUGUGAGACAUUGAAGGCUGAUCAAGCAGCAGAGGACCAUAUCAGACAGUUUAUGCCUAAACUAGCUGGACUUGAUGCUGUUAUUAACAUUGGACCAAUGAAGAUCACUGGCCUUGAUUUUGCUGCGGUAGAAGAUGAACACACGAACUAA